UGUUGCUGUGUAACGCGCCAGUGUCAUUUUCACUAUGGCGAAGGCGUAAACAAAGCGGAAAGGCUGGGUUCUUUAUUUUUACCGUUCCUCACUCAGUGUAGCUCCGCGGAGGCGGGUUGAGCUUUUAGAGCCAGGACUGUUUUCCUCAGGCGACAUGACCGAGCCUGGUGGCGGUGCUGAGAGGCUCCUCGUCAGGCUGAAGCGGAGAGGGAAUCCGGGCUUGGGGUCGAGUCUCCGUUAAACUGCAGCUCGUUUCCCUCGAAACCGACCCCUCUGUUCGGAGAGAUAUGGGGUCCAGUGAGCUCUGGGACUCGUUUAACUGACCCACUUUCACCUCCGUCCGUUUUCGCCUGGCUUUGUAGCUGAAUUUGAAGACUUUUUUCGGUCAAGAUGCUGCCCGGCUCGAAGACGACCUUUAAAGUGAGGCAGAUGCCAGACAUCAAGGAGAGGAUAAUGAACCAAAGUGGUCUUCAUGCCCGGGGGAGAGACAUGUUUGGCCUGUGCUGUUUGCCAGGGGAGUGUGUUCUACAGAGAGCGGUCCUGGUGAGGAAGAAGCUGUCUCCUAAAGAAGGAGGAGGCUGGCUGUCCGGCACUUUGUUCUGUACCCAUUUCAGAGUAGCCUUUGUGCCACAGGACAGUCCAAGAGCGGAUGACAACGCUGAUCCUGUUCUUCUUGGAGACCAUGAUGUGGCACUGGCUUCCAUUGAGAAGGUUGUGGCCGUGGGACCAUCCAGGACCAAACUGGUGACCCCCAACUCCUCUCUGAAGUUCACCCCAGAGGAGCUGGUCCUGUACUGCAGAGACCUGCAAGUGCUUUGCUUCCUGUUCGACCGACUCACUCCUGAUACUCAGGCUGUGGAGAUUACGUACACCAUUGCCAAGACAUACCAGCCUCUGAAACCUGGAACCAUCCUGUCCUUCCAGAAUGCUGCUUUGGGUAGUAUUGAAAUGAAGCAGUUCCUGAGCAACCGGCGACGAGACCCUGGCAUGAACUGGUUUGAGAGUUCAGCAGACUGGGAGCAGGAGUUAGAGAGGACCGGGGCAACCGGCUGGAGGGUCAGCUCCGUCAACGACCGCUUUGAAAUGUCCACCAGCCUAUCCAGAUUUAACGUGGUACCUCAGAAGGUUCUAGACACGGAGCUGAAGAAAACGUUCGCCCAUUUCAACGAGGGUCGCAUCCCUCGCUGGUGUUGGCGGCACCCCCGCGGCAGCGACCUGCUACGGAUGGCCAGCUUCCAGAACAACAUCUACCAUGAGAAGGACGACAUCCGGAAUCUGGAGCUGAUUCUUUUCGGAGGGCAGCCGCAGUGUGUGGUGGUGGAUCUCGGGGAGGAGAUGCCCUCACCUGCAGACUUGCAGUUGGCACACACACGGCUUCGCGCCCUAUGCCUUGGGGACAUUUCGUCAUCCGUGUCGGUGCCAGAUGACAAGUGGCUUUCCACUCUUGAAGGCACCCACUGGCUGGACUACAUCAGAUGCUGCCUGAGAAAAGCUGCAGAGGUGGCCUGCUUGCUCAGACGAGGUCAUCUGACUGUUGUGCUGCAAGAGUCAGAGGACCGGGACAUGAACUGUGUGGUGUCCAGCCUCGUGCAGGUGAUGUGUGACCCACACUGCCGGACAGUGGCAGGCUUUCAGGGCCUGGUGCAGAAGGAGUGGGUCAUGGCAGGACAUCGAUUCCUUAGCCGCAUCAACUACCACCGAGACAGCGACAAAGAAGAGGCCCCCAUCUUCCUGCUCUUUCUGGACUGCGUGUGGCAGCUGUGGGCUCAGUUUCCUGCCCGUUUCCAGCUGACUGAGAACUACCUGCUGGCCCUCCACGACAGCCUGCACCUGCCUCUCUUCAGCACCUUCCUGGCCAACUGCCAGAGAGAGCGGUGUCGACGCUCACAGCACCUGCCCCAGAGCUACACCCCUGUAAACGGUCUAAGGGAGUUGCCCAGAGGCUCGGCCGAGGAGCCGGUGGACCCUCCCUACCCUCCCUACCCUCCUGUGUGGGACUGGUCUUUGCAGUACAGCGGCCAGAGACGAGCCCUCUUCAGCCAGCCUGUCUGCCAGCCCUGCUCCCCUGUACCUGUUCUCAACGGAAACCUCAACACCAACACCAACAUGGAGCCCAACUGGCUCAGUGACGGUGUUCCGGGCUCUGUAUUCCUCCUCUCUCGGAGCUCCUUCUCCUGCCCAUCUAACUUGCUGCCUUGGAGAAGUGGAAGCGGUUCAGGCUCAUAUAGAAAGAGCCACCGUAGAGCUCCAUCCUCGGAAAGCCUGCCUGCGCUGGAGCGUCUCAUUAAAGCCUGUGGCCAGCCAGACGCCCCACAAGACUUCCACGACCCCCACCAACCCCUCAUCCCCCUACUUCUGGGCCCCUGCAUCCGCAUCUGGAGGAACUGCUACCUGAGAGGAGCACUGCAUGCGCAGGCUUUCACGCAUCCAAUGUCUUCCAACUCACGGCACCCCGUGGAGCGUCUGGCCUCAGAGGUGGAGCACCUGCGAGAGCGCUUGGCCCAGGCCUCCACAGGACGCCCUUCAAACCGCAAGAGGCACGAGCACCGCCGCCUCGACUCGAACCUCAACCAGAACGCCAACAAUGGCACCUUCCUCUUCUCGUCCUCGUCCUCUUCCUCCUCCUCAUCUUCCUCCUCCUCUUCCUCUUCUUCCUCCUCUUCAUCCAGGACGUCCCAACAGGAGAGCCCCUGCCGCGUUUCGGGGCGUCCACCCACAGCCCCCCGGUACAGAGAUGGUGGCGGCAAGCAUACAUUUCUGUUUGGCCACCAGGGGGAGCCACAGGGCAGCCAGCGCUACGCCCCCAGCCCCAGUGCCAAACUGCCCAAGAACAGCGGCCCAGCUGGGGCCAAGACACACUGAGGUGUAGGUAGGGAAGAAGACCAUGAAAACAAUGCACUUGUGCAAUGCACUCAGUUAGUGGAUAAAUCUGCCGGACCAAUAUGGACCAACUCUUAGCAAUAUUCUACGCAAUUGUCCAGUUUUAUCCGUGAAGGGUCACUGUGGCUACGCAAACAAGCAACUGAACUGAACAAUUGGGGUCCUGAAACUCGUUUUGGAGUGAAAACAUGCAGCCACAGCGUCCCUUUUGCGGAUAGCAUUGGACCCGUGUCCUAGACUACAGCACUUUCAUACUCGCCAGCCAUUUCAGUGGUGUGUUAAUAAUAUUUCUGCCAAAUCUGUAGCAUAGCAUCGAUUACUGUGGACAGUAAUUUUCCUCUUAUUCUGCCUGACAUAUAGUAUUAGCUUUAUGUCACUGUGGAGCUCACAAGUUCAACCCUGGGUGAUGCCGUAGCCGUCUGUGGCCAGGAGUCCAAGGGUGUUUUCACACCUACCUUGUUUGGUGAGCAUUAAUAGAGCUUGAAGAGUUUCGUGCCAAAAUGCUGUAACAUGCAUUCGUAACAAUUCUGGAUAUAACACGUUUUUGAACAGAAGUGCAUUUGAUUUUGGCACAUGGAUUCUGGAACAUAAUCUUGGCCAAACAUCAGCGUCUAAUUUGUAUUUAAUUUGACAAACAAAUCAGUUAUAAAUUCAUAUCACAUUUCGACGUGAGCCGUCUCGAAUCGCAGUGGGUCGGAUUAUAUAUUUAUAUCAAGGUCACAUUAUAAUAGGCCAAUGAAAGUUAAACACGGUCGGUUUGUGGUACUAAUGGAGACAAAAGGGACAGCACGUCCAGUAAAUGAACAGGCACACUUGUGAUUUGGUGCUGUUACAGUGUGAAUCCAACCUUUGCGCAUGUUCGAAUCUGAUCGUGAUCUUGUUGUUAUACACCAUGUUAUUUGUUUGGCCAUAUGUUUAUCAAAAACUUGAUAAAACUAACUUGAUUUGUGGUUAGCUAAUCACAACUAUUGUCCGUAUCGUCUACAACACCGAUAAUUAGAUUAAAAAUAGAAAAUAAUAAUAAUACUAAUAAUGUAUAUGCAUGGCAGUCCACACUGUGCUUUUGGUUUAUACUGCUGACACCACCCAAACAUAUAAAAUAUAGCUAGUGCAUCUCAUACAUUGCAAUAAUACACCGUUUAAAUAUUUUAAUUUCAAUAAAAUAAUCAUACUAUUCAGUUACGUUAGUCUAUCGUCUUUAAAAACCGUUCAUUUCGCAUGUUCUUUUCAGCCGUCGUAAUUUUAACACUAUAAAGUUUGAUCAAUAGGGGGAGCAGCGCACUCACUGCUUGACCUCCAACUCCGCAUAAAACUGCUGCUUUAUUGGCUUUCAUGCAAAUGAUAUGUAAAUGAGGUGCUGGUAGACUGGCGCUUGAUUUCACGCACCGCGCUUAGAUCUCCACUUGUUUCGGACAAAACUUUUGCUAAUCAGACAAGUUGUACGUCGUUGAAGGUGGUCAUUUCAAGUAGGUGUGAAAACAGCCCGGGACAGCAUGAUUGGACCCAAUGAUAAUUGACCAUAUGCUACACAUGUGGCAGAGAGACUAGGCUGGACUACUCCUUAAAGCACCGAUGAUCACGAUGAAAACAAGGAUAACACACGAAAGCACAGCAUUUCUUCAGUCUGAGUUUCUUCCAAAACAUUUCUUGGAAGUUACCUACUUUGUAUAUAGUAGCUAUGUAUUGUAGGUAAUUGUAGACAUAUAGACAUAUCAUAUUUUAUUUUCAACAUGUGUUCACUGAUUCUAUCCUAAUGAAGACAUAAAUCUAAACCUUUAAAGAAGUAGAUCCAGUAGUGAUGCAGGGGGCGCAUAGAGAGGGAAUGAACUAAUUAUGCAAUGGAGGUGUUGUGCUUUGUGAUGUGAGUGUAAAGUGCUUAGGCCUUCUGUACAUUAUGCCAAAUAUUGAUUUGAUCAUUUAUCGUGUGAAUCGGUAUAGAAGGCUUUGAUUUGAUUAGCUUAGGUGUGUGAUUUUUUUAACGGGACGCUGUUGAUCGUGAUAUUUUCCCUUCCCGUCCAUAAAGACAGGAAAAUGGCUGCUGCUCAUUCCAUGAAGAAAUAGGUAAGAGAUUUCCCUCAUCACCACUAGAGGGAGACAGUGUCUAUGGGACCACAUGAUGAUCUGUUGGGAAUUAACCUGGAUAUUGUGACACAGUAUCUGUGGCCUGAGGGGGGGGAUCUGUACACAGAGGCACAAUGCCAGCUGUAUAUAUUGCAUCUAUUGAUUUUUAAUUCCAGUAUUAAUUAACUGAAAGCAGAAAGACAUUUCAGAAGAAGAAAAACAACCUUUUUGCAUCGUCUAAGUUAUUUAUACCUUCCUUCAUCUGCAUUUUCGAUUAAUAUUUAAGUAUUAUUUCUUACUUUAGCGUUUAUGGACAGUAACGUAGUUUGUUAAGUCAUGAUGAAAGUGAAUCGUGUGUGUGGAUCAGGUGACAGUAGGCGGUUGAUUGUCAGGACGUGCUAAUAUUUAAUGAAAUGUUUUUAUUUUUGAUCACUGAUACAUGAACAUGUUCACUGGUACUCCAACAUCAGCAUUAAUGCACAGAGUUUCGGUUCCUCGUUCCACAAAGUGUGUUUAUUUGUUUGUGUAUUUUCACCGUCUUAAGCAAAGGUUCAGGUUUUCUUAAGGCAGUGAUGAUACCUCAAUGUCUUAAAUGGAAAUUCCAUUAAAUUUCGCUUUAUGUUGCUGAUGUAAGCAGUUAUUUAAAGUGGUUUGAUGUGAAAUAAUACAUGUUUAUAUGCAUAUAUAUAUAUAAGUUUACAGAAGAAAGGAGAAAACCUUUUCUUUUAGUGUAAUUAAAUGAUACCAGACAUUUCUCCCAUGUGAUUUUAUAUCAUUUCUUUUGGUCCAGGGUAAAGGGUACUUUUAAAUUAUGUCAAAAACUUAAAAGUGACAAAAAUGGAGAUGGUUUUUAUAAUAUAUAUAUAUAUUAAAGAUUAAGUGACCCUUAUUAGUUCCA